AUGAUCCGGAACAUCCCACCCCUGAGGAUUUUCACCAAAACAUACACACACAACAAUCAGCAUGUCAGGGCUGCUGGUUUCAUCGCCUCUUGGAGAAGAGAAGAAGAAAAUGAGGGCAAGACUGAAAAUGUGCAGAAAGCUGGUUUUGUCAAAGGCCCAGUGUUCAAAGGUGUUGCUUCUAGCCGCUUUUUGCCCAAAGGCACCAAGACAAAGGUUAACCUUGAGGAACAAGGAAGACAGAAGGUGUCUUUCAGCUUUAGUUUAACAAAGAAAACCUUGCAGAAUAGAUUUCUGACUGCUCUUGGAAAUGAAAAACAAAAUGAAACUCAGAACUUCCCAGCUACACCCCUUCCAACUGACUUCGCCCCCAAAAUUAAAAUGGACCUUGGGGAUACCUCUGGUUCAGCAGAAGAAUCUUCACCACCAAAACCUAAGGUGGAAUUGGGCAAGAUCCAUUUUAAGAAGCAUCUGCUCAGUGUAACAGCAAAGCCACUGCCAGCUGCUGUAGCACCGCCACCAUCGCUAGCAGCUGUAGCACCAGCAGAAAUGGCAGCAGCAGAAUUGCCAUUGACACCGCCUCCACCGCUCUCCCAAACAGCAUCUCCACCAGCACCAGUGCUAACAGCAGUAGCUUUUCCCCAACCACCCGUAGCCGUAGCCGUGACAGCAGCACCACUUCUGCUACCACCUGUAGAAUCAGAAGUCCAAACUUCAAAGGAGCUAUCAAAUGCAGUAGUGAAAGAAACUUUAGAACUGGACAUUAAACAGGAUUCUGCAUCUAAUAGUUCCGAAGAACAUGUAACUCAAAAUAUGUCUGAGCAAAUGGAAAUAACUUCACAGCAGGAAGAUUCCCAUAUUGGGAAGGAGGAAGAAAUUUCAAACAGCUCAAGAAGUGUUUCUCUGUGUUCCAAAAAGCAGGGUUCUAAGAGGAAAUUUUCUCAAUCUGAUGCCACGUUACUGGGUUCUGAAUCCGAUGAAGAUUCUAUAAGGACUUCUUCAAGUCAGCGAUCACAUGAACUAAAAAUAUCAACAAGCACAGAAAAGGAAAGAGAUCCAAAAAAGAGCUCAACUUCUCUCAAAAGUGAAGAUUCGGUGAAAUCUUCCUCGCGAUCUAAAUCGGACAGAGAUGAAAAACAUUCUAGCCACCCAAAACCAGAGAGAGACUCUAGGUAUAUGUCCUCCCGGUCUAGGUCAGACAGGGACAGAAGACGGAGCAGGUCUCAUUCUCGUUCUAGGUCUGACAGAGGUUCUAGAACCAGCUCAUCCUAUUCAAGAUCAGAACGCUCUCAUUAUUAUGAAUCUGACCGAAGAUACCAUAGAAGCUCCCCUUACAGAGAGAGGACAAGGUAUUCACGUUCUUACACAGAUAAUAGGGCAAGAGAGAGUUCUGAUUCAGAAGAUGAGUAUAGGAGGACCCAUCCCAAGUCUAGUGACUCAAGGCGUACGUCAUCUCAUUCCUCCUCAUACAGGGAUUCUAGAACUUCUUCCUAUUCUAAAUCAGACCGGGACAGCAAAACAGAGUCGUCUUAUGCUGAAACCGAGAGGAGAGGAAAGUCUUCAAAAUCAGAUAGAGAAUCAAAAAGGACUUCAGAAAGUGAAGUAUCAAAAAGAUGUUCUCCCCUUAAUGAGCUGGGAUAUCGAAGGGGGUCAUCCCAUUCUAAACCUGAUAGUAAUGUGAACUCUUCCCAUUAUAAGUACACCCCUACAAAGACUUCUGCACCAAAGUCUGAUAAGUCUAAAAGUUCUUUCUGUUGUACAGAAUCAGUUGAAGAAAUCAAACAGCAGUCUAAUUCUUUAGAUUUAGAGACACCUUGUCUAAAAAGCAAUGAGUUGAGAAUGACUAUUAUAAAAAAGUUUGAAAGGGAAAAGACGGUUUCUCCAUUCAGUCAAUUAAAUGAUUCACCUACUUUUAAAAAGCUAGAUGAGUCAAAAGAUGGUUCUCCUAAUUUGAAGUCUGAACUUAUAGGAAAUGAUUGCCAUGACAGUAUUAAAGAACCAGAAAAUUUAAUAAAGGUAAAACGUGAUCAAUUAAGAACUUAUUGUCCCAUAGAACUGAAUAUAAAUGGGUCCCCAGAGGGUAGGUCUGAUGACUUAGCAACUUUCUGUGUCUCCAAAACAGAGGAUCUUGCAAUGUCUUCUGAUGAUAGUCUAGGUAGAUCAGAGGUAUCACCGCUGAUAAAAAGUAAUAAAUUUUGUGUGUUGCCAUCUAAUGGAUUUCAAAGUGUAUAUAAAUCUAAAGAACAAGAUUUGGAUGAUUCUCAUAUACAGUCUAAUGAGUUCAACAGUUCAUUUAAAGAAACAGACGCUCCAGUUCCUUCAGAGCAAGAUGAAGUUAUUUCUUUUCCUGUUACGAAUAUAGAUCAUUCUGAAAUGUUAGUUAAAAAAUUGGAUGAUCUGGCAACUCCUUGUAACAGAACCAAAGAUUCAGACUUUUGCUACAUUUCAGAUGAUACUAGUCCUUCUUUGUAUCAUUCAGAAGUUGAAAUUGAAGUUGAGCCCACUGAUAUAAAAGUUACUCAAGAAACUUUAAUGGACAUUCAUGUAGAGCCACAAACAGUUAUAUGUGAUUAUGAAAACACGGAGGAUCAAAAUUCAACGAAGUCUGCAUGUGAAGAUGAACUAUAUGAUAUUAGUCCUUCCCAUGAGCUGAGCCUAACAGUAGAUAGUUUAAGCAGAGAUUCUUCCCAAGAAGAAUGCUCCCUGGAAAUCAAAUUAGACAAUGAAAUUAUUACACCACAACCAGAGGAAAACCUUGCUUCCAAAUUGGAUAGAGCCAUGCAGAAUGAAAGGGAAGAAUGCUUGCAACAUUCUGAAACGGAGACGAUAAUUGAAUUAGAUGCCCAGCAAAUUGGUCCUGAUUUAGAAAAAGGAAAACCGUCAUUUAAAAAUGAGCAUUCAUAUUAUUUAGAAGUACCAGCAGAACACCUAGAAAAAGAGAAACCAGCUGAGGAAAGUUCUACCAUCUUCGCUGAAAGAAUCAGGUCUGAUGAUUUUAAGGACCAGUCUCUGGAAGUCUCAGUUGGCAAGGAUGAAGAAAAUGAGUCACUGGUGGUUUCUGCUUUUUCAGAGGCUUUGUUUCCAUCUUGUGAUGUCAUUGUGACUGCAGAAGAAACAGAAACUGUAGCUCAAGCCGCCACGUGUGACAGUAGUGGCAAUACUUCGGAAUUCAUUUCUGCUCAUAAUGAUGAUUAUUCUGAUACGGCAGAAAGUGAGAGUGAGCAGGACAGUGAAGAAAGUGAUACAGAGGAUUCUGAUUCUGAUGACAGUGUUCCAAGGAACCGUCUUCAGUCAGUUGUGGUGGUUCCUAAGAAUUCCACUCUAAGUAUGGAAGAAAGUAGUCCUUGUUCAUCUCGGAGCAGCCAAGGUAAUACACGUUACUCUGAUAAUUGGGAAGACGAUAGGCCAGAGUCCAGCAAGCCUUACUAUGAAGAAAGAUCAGAGAAUAUAGCAAAUAAAAAUGGUCCACAUAUUGAGAACAAGUGUUCUCCUUCUAGGGGAAUGGACAGGAGUCCAGAGACAUCUACUGAGCUCAAUAGAAAGGAAGCUGAAGAUCUCCAGCCUGAUAUGUCUCAGCCUCAGAGUGAUGGAGUUGAUAGUACAAGUCAGACAGACCUAACAUCAAAUUCCAAUGGCAAACCAAAUCCAGAUGAAAGAAUAUUGAAAGAAUUGAUGUCCAUAGCUAGACCGGUUGGCAGACAGCAAGACGAGCAGCCAUUUUGUUUUUCUGAGAGCUUUGAAAGUGCUGAAAAUAAAUCUAGGCACCAGACAAAUUCUUCCAAGCCAGACAGCAGGCAGGGAAAGAGUGGGUUCAGUAAUGUAUCUGGUACAGGAGAAUUCUCCAAAUUGGAUGGUUUUCAUUCAACAGAGGACUUGAGUAGCCUGGGGUGGGACUUCUCUCAACCAGAGAAACCCAGUAGCACAUACCAGCAGCCCGACAGCAGCUAUGGAAUGUACUCGGGUUACGUUUGCCAGCAGGGUUCAGGAUCAUACAGUGGCUCACAGAAUUACUGGCAAGGCAAUGGCUAUUGGGACCCAAGGUCUGGUAGUAGGCCCUCUGGAAUUAAUUAUGAACGAAUACAAGGGCAGGUACCAGAUUCCCUAACAGAGGACCACGAAGAGUAUGAACAGGAUGACAAUUGGGAUGAUGAUUGCAAAGCUCACUUUCCUAGCCAGUCAAGUAAAUUUCAUUCUCUCAGUGAUAAAGAAAAGGGUUCUGUGCAGGCACAUGAGAUAAGCAGUAAUUCAGCAAAGGAGCCAACAGUUGUAAAUGAGAAAAAAGAGCAGGCAAAGAUUUUGGAAAAAAAUGAUGUGAAAGAGCGAGGACCACCGAAGAAAAGAAGGCAAGAAUUAGAGAGUGACUCUGAGAGCGAUGGAGACCCAAGAGAGAGAAAGAAAGUAAAAACGGAUGCAGAGGGGGAGCAGUCGGAGUCCUUGCCGCAGGGUUCAGCAAUGAUUCGCCCACUGUGUAUCAUGGAAGAGUUCAGAGACCCGCAACGCUGGAAGGAGUGUGCCAAGCAAGGAAAAAUGCCCUGCUACUUUGACCUUAUUGAGGAAAAUGUGUAUUUAACAGAAAGGAAGAAGAACAAAUCCCAUCGUGAUAUCAAGCGAAUGCAGUGUGAAUGUCCGCCUCUUUCUAAAGAAGAGAGAGCUCAAGGGGAGGUAGCCUGUGGUGAAGAUUGUCUCAAUCGCCUGCUCAUGAUAGAAUGUUCUUCCAGGUGCCCGAAUGGGGACUACUGUUCCAACAGGCGGUUCCAGAGGAAACAGCAUGCAGAUGUUGAAGUGAUCCUAACUGAGAAAAAAGGCUGGGGACUGAGAGCUGCCAAAGAUCUCCCAUCUAACACGUUUGUGCUGGAAUAUUGUGGAGAAGUGCUGGAUCACAAAGAGUUCAAAGCCCGAGUGAAAGAGUAUGCCCGAAGUAAGAACAUUCACUACUACUUCAUGGCACUGAAAAAUGAUGAGAUAAUAGAUGCAACCCAGAAAGGAAACUGCUCCCGUUUCAUGAACCACAGCUGUGAACCAAACUGUGAGACACAAAAGUGGACUGUGAAUGGACAGCUAAGGGUUGGCUUUUUCACCACCAAACUAGUUCCAUCAGGCUCAGAGCUAACAUUUGACUACCAGUUCCAGAGAUAUGGCAAAGAGGCUCAGAAAUGCUUCUGUGGCUCAACUAACUGCCGGGGUUACCUGGGAGGAGAGAACAGGGUCAGCAUCAGAGCCGCAGGAGGAAAAAUGAAAAAGGAACGCUCUCGUAAGAAAGACUCGGUGGAUGGGGAGUUGGAAGCGCUGUUGGAGAAUGGAGAGGGGCUUUCAGAUAAGAACCAAGUUCUCAGUUUAUCCCGGUUGAUGGUUCGGAUUGAGACUUUGGAGCAGAAACUCACCUGCCUCAAACUCAUACAGAACACACACUCGCAAGCCUGCCUGAAGUCCUUCCUGGAAUGUCAUGGCUUGUCUCUCCUCUGGAUCUGGAUGGCUGAGCUGGGUGAUGGACGGGGAAACACUGUGAACAACCUGAAGCUCCAGCUAGAGAUUAUGAAGACUCUGGAGCUCUUGCCUAUACCCAAUAAAAACAUGUUGGAGGAGAGCAAAGUGCUUCCAAUUAUCCAGCGCUGGGCUCAGACCAAGACUGCAGUCCCACAGCUCAGUGAGGGGGAUGGUUAUUCCAGUGAGAACACAUCACGGGCUCAUACGCCACUCAACACGCCAGAUCCUUCCAUCAAGCAGAGCACAGAAGGCGACACAGACACCCCGAAGAAGCUUGUCUUUCGAAGGCUCAAAAUUAUAAGUGAAAACAGCAUGGACAGUGCGAUCUCUGAUACCACCAGUGAGCUGGAGGGAAAGGAGGGCAAAGAAGACCUAGACCCGCUGGAUAGUGCGCCUGCAGAGGUGGUAGAGGAGCAGCCGCAACAGGAAAUCAAAGCUGCCAUUGAUGCUGCAGUGGACAGCAGCAAACCUCAGGCUACUGAGCUGGAGGCUGAGCCUGAAGCAGAGGCCAAAGAGAGCAAUGGCACAAAGCUAGAAGAGCCCAUUGCAAUGGAAACACCAUCUCAAGAUGAAGAGGAGGGGGUGUCUGAUGUAGACAGUGAGAGGAGCCAAGAACAGACUGACAAAAUAGUGGAUAUGAGUGACUUGGCUACCAAGCUUCUGGACUGCUGGAAAGACCUAAAGGAGGUGUAUCGAAUCCCGAAGAAGAGUCAAGCUGAAAAGGAGAGUAGUGGAGAUCGUGGGAGGGAUGCAGUGGGUCAUAGGGACCAAACUGCUACCCCAAAGAAUCCCAACCAGAGCAGAGAGAGAGACCCUGAGAGGCAGAGCCAGAGUAAAGAGAAGAAGAAACGGAGAGAGUCCUUGUCCCCACCAUCUUCGGCCUACGAGCGAGGAACCAAGAGGCCGGAUGACAGGUAUGACACACCCGCUUCUUCUAAGAAGAAAGUGCGGCUCAAGGAUCGCAACAAGCUGUCCACGGAAGAACGCAGGAAGCUGUUCGAACAGGAAGUAGCUCAGCGGGAGGCUCAGAAACAACAGCAGCAACUACAGAACCUAGGGAUGACUUCCCCACUUCCAUACGAUUCCAUGGGCUACAGCGCUCCCCACCACAGCUUUAUUGGCUAUCCCCCUGGCUAUCCCAUGCAGGCUUAUGUGGAUCCCAGCAAUCCCAAUGCUGGGAAGGUGCUACUACCCACGCCGAGCCUGGAUCCUAUGUGCUCUCCUGCAGCCUAUGAGCAUCCCCAGACUUUGGUUGGGCACGCAGUCGAACCACCCCUGACUACUCCUCAGCCGGUACCAGUAGUACAACAUGUAGCAACAACGAUGGAGGUUUCUGCGCCUCAGUACGUAGCACAAAGUGACACCGUGGUCCAUCAGGAACCUAAUGUCGCUGUCUUGCCAGUGCCUGCCCCGGGUCCAGUGCAGGGGCAGAGUUAUGGAGUCUGGGAUUCCAAUCAGCAGGCGGUAGCUGUGCAACAGCAGUACUCUCCGGCCCAGGCUCAGCCAACCAUCUAUUACCCAGGACAGACGUGUCAGACUGUUUAUGGGGUGACAUCCCCUUAUUCUCAGACGACUCCACCGAUUGUACAGAGUUAUGCACAGCCAGGUCUUCAGUAUAUCCAAGGGCAGCAGAUUUACACAGCUCAUCCACAGGGAGUGGUGGUGCAGCCGACGGCAGCAGUAACAACAAUCGUAGCAGCCGGGCAGCCUCAGCCCAUACAGCAGCCAGAGCUGGUAGUGACCAACAAUCUUCUGGAUCUACCACCGCCAUCUCCUCCAAAACCCAAAACCAUUGUCCUCCCUCCCAACUGGAAAACAGCCCGCGAUCCAGAGGGGAAGAUCUAUUAUUACCAUGUGAUCACAAGGCAAACCCAGUGGGAUCCUCCUACCUGGGACAGCCCCGGAGAUGAUGCCAGCCUCGAACAUGAAGCUGAGAUGGACCUUGGGACUCCAACAUACGAUGAAAACCCAAUGAAGGAUCCAUUAAUGUCUCAAGAUGGAAGCAUAGAGGGUACACCAAAUGCUUAUAAGUCUUCCAAAAAACCCAAAACAGCAGAAGCCGACACUUCGAGUGAGCUGGCUAAGAAGAGCAAAGAAGUGUUCAGGAAAGAGAUGUCUCAGUUCAUCGUGCAGUGCCUGAACCCCUACCGCAAACCUGACUGCAAAGUAGGAAGGAUAACCACAACAGAAGACUUCAAACACUUAGCACGCAAGCUGACUCAUGGUGUGAUGAACAAGGAGCUGAAAUACUGCAAGAACCCGGAGGAUCUGGAGUGCAACGAGAAUGUGAAGCACAAAACUAAGGAGUACAUUAAGAAAUACAUGCAGAAGUUUGGGGCGGUUUACAAGCCCAAAGAGGACACGGACUUAGAAUAACCACCUCUAACCUUUGGAAGGAGCGAUCCAUCCUCUUUGGACCUGACGAGAAGGAAUCCUGCCCGCUAAUCUCGGAGGCUGUUGGCGUGGAUGGGACUCUCAGUUCUGACCCGACCCUGCCUAUUCUUGGACAGAAAUGUCCCUGUUUCUGUAUGAAAUGAAGCAGUUGCCCACUGUUUGGGAGUGAGGAGGGCGACGCAGAGCGGAGACAGCUCCUUCCAUCCUCUUCCUCUUCGCAGGCAAACCCGGGUCUCAAAUCUGGCGGUGCUGUUUGGCGCACUGACCCAUGCGCACAUCUUGUGUCCCCGAGAUCUGUAUUAUAUUUUAACGUAUAUGUGAAUAUAUUGAUAAUUUUUUUUUUGCUUUUAGCCCGACACGUGCUGAUAUCACGGGAACACUUUGUAAGGAUAGUUUUGUUUUUGUUUUUUUGUUCUCCUGCAAGGUUAAUCUGUUAUCAUGUAAAUAUUCAGGAACAGGCAGCCUCUGGGUUUCUGGCAGGCCUCGUGCUAUGUUGAUAAGAUUGAUUUUACUGCUUAAAUCAUUUUACUUUAUCCAAUUUUUACUGAACUUU